CAUUCGUUCAGAAAGAGCGCUAUGAAGAGGAUCGUCUUCAUCCUCUUUCUAACGUUAGAGGUUUUUGCCUUUCCAAAAAGGGAUUUAAUAUGGGAGGAACUACUCCGUGCUUAUGUGCCAUCCCAUUGUGGCAAGAAUGCUUAUCAUUCGCAAUAUGAGGGUAAAUGGAGUAAGAGAAUUGUUGGAGGAGAGUCGGCAAGAACAGGCGAAUGGCCAUGGUUGGCCACUUUACGCAUAAAAAUGAACCAAUCUUCCCCUUUUGAACAUUUAUGCGGAGCGACUUUAAUACAAGAUCAAUGGCUAAUUUCCGCUGCUCAUUGUUUUGAAAACAUUUGGGCUCCAUUCUUGACCGAUAGACCUGAUGCGUGGAGAGUAAGAUUAGGGGAACAUCAUCUAUUCGAAGAAGACACUGAACACGUCGAAAUGAAGCCGACAAAAAUAAUUUUCCAUCCUGAAAGAAUAGCUGGUAAAACUUUGGACAGAGACAUAGCUUUGAUUAAGCUUGAACGUCCGGUAAAUCUGAAUAAUAUAGUCAACAUCGCCUGUCUACCGGAACAAGAUGAAUCCCCCUCCGUUAAUAAAAUGUGCGUUACUGCCGGAUGGGGUCAUACUAUAGAAGCUGGUAAUGUAUCGACAAUCGUUCGUCACGUUCUCGUUCCGAUCUUACACAACAGAGUUUGCAAUGAGAUGUACGGUGUAAUAGAGAAGGCAAAAUUGGAAAUUUCUGAUAAAAUUGUCUGCGCUGGGUAUGACAAAGGUGGAAAAGACGCUUGUCAGUACGAUUCUGGAGGUCCUAUGGUUUGCUACGAUAGGGGAAAUUCUCAAUUCGUACUCCAUGGUAUCGUCUCAACUGGAUACGGUUGCGCAAGACCAGGAUUUCCCGGAAUUUAUACCAGAGUUUCUUCUUUUGUUGAUUGGAUUAGAAAGACAAUUGCUGAAAAUUAAAAUUUACUUGUCGUAACUAAAUUAAGCAAACAUUUCACUUUUAUUUUCGUCUGUUCAAAAUAAUAUUCUUGUAAAAGAUCAAAAAAAAACUGACACAAUUAAUAAUAACUCACCUUGCAUUUCUUUCGUUUACUUAAUUUGUUUAUUUAUAGCUAGGCAAAUGCUAAGAUGUACUUGAUUUUCUUGACAAACCAUUAAUUAGUAGAUAUUUCACCACCUGUUUUAAUCUUUAGGCAAUAAUACUUCUUAUGUAAAAGAGCGACAGAAAAGUGGGGAAGGAUGGAAGGGGAGAUAGAAAUGGUAGAAAGGGAAGAAAGUAAAUAGUUUUAUCUAGCUAAAAGACAACACAAGCAAUAAGCGCCAUCUAAGUAUCAUAUUGUGUCAACUUCGAUCAAUGAAUUCAAUAUACAUAUACACCUUUACUUUUACUUUAUUUUACAACUUUCAUUCUAUUGUUAAUUACCACUAGAUCUUAUUGUAAGUUAUAUCUAUCCUAGAUGAAUAAUAAAAUAACUUAACCC